AUGGGUUUCGGACGAUUCAUCCACUAUGUUGGUGCCUUCUUUCUUUUGGCAGCAACAAUAAUGCUCGUCGUCGUGAGCAUCACAGCUCCUGUGGUUGACCACAUUGCCCUUCUCAAAGUCCGGUCAGGAGGAAAUGGCGUCAAUUUUGGUACAUUUGGUUAUUGCGUUAUGCGAAGCGCUGGCAGUGAUAGAUGCUCAAGCGCUCACAUUGGUUAUGACCCUACCAAUGCUCUCCAAGGCCUCGACUUGUCCGAAAUUAGUGCUGGCACUGCAAAGGCCAUGACCUAUGUCAUGGUUCUGCACCCCAUCGGUGCUGGUCUUUGCUUCAUUUCUUUCCUUCUGGCUCUCGGUGCUGGUAUCUUUGGCUCGCUCAUGUCAACUCUCGUUUCCAUUGCUGCCUUCCUCGUCACCAUCAUUGCUUUGGCUUGUGACUUUGCUGGCUUCUCCAUCAUCAGACGACGAAUCAACCGCGACACCUCUGCUACUGCUAGCUGGUCUGUCGGUAUCUGGCUUGUUCUCGCUGCCGCUAUUCUCUGCCUCAUUGGCACGAUUGCUGUCUUUAUCACCUGCUGCUCUGGCCGUCGCCGCAAGAACCGUGAGCAGAAGAAGAUGGCCGCCUACAACACCUCUCCCACUCGCUAUUAA